AUGGCCAAGGAGCAGGCGGCGGCGGCGGCGUCGGGGGUCGGUCCGCGGCUGUGCGCCCUGCAGAAGGGCGCGGGCGGCUACGGCUUCCACCUGCACGGCGAGAAGGGCAAGAGCGGCCAGUUCAUCCGCAAAGUGGAGCCCGGCUCGCCGGCCGAGGCGGCGGGGCUGCGCGCCGGGGACCGCCUGGUCCAGGUCAACGGCGUCAGCGUCGAGCAGGAGACCCACCACCAGGUGGUGCAGCGGAUCAAAGCUGUCGAAACCGAGACCCGCUUGCUGGUGGUGGACAAAGAGACGGAUGAAUACCUCCGGAGCCUGAGGCUGACCUGCACCGAGGAGAUGGUGCACACGGGCAUCCCGGCGAACCCUGACGCGUCACCCAUCAAAUCGCCCACCAGCGACAACGGAGACGUGUGGAAGCCCCAGGCGGAGCUGAGCGGCCGGAAUCUCAAGAGGCACAAACACAGCCUCAGCUCUGAGAGCGGGAAGAAGGAUUUGAAUGGACAAGCCAAGGAACUGUGCCCGCGUCUCUGCCACCUCAAAAAAGGCCCCACGGGCUAUGGGUUCAACCUCCACAGCGAGAAGUCCCGCCCCGGACAGUUCAUCCGGUCAGUUGACUCAGAUUCGCCGGCGUCGAAUGCGGGGCUCCGACCACAGGAUAAACUCGUGGAGGUCAACGGGAUCAACGUGGAGGGCAUGAAGCAUUCCGAGGUCGUGGCCCACAUCAAAUCCAAGGAGAGCGAAGCCAAGUUGCUGGUGGUGGACCCCAGGACAGAGGAGCACUUCAAGAAGCUGGGCAUUGUCCCUACCGAGGAGCACGUCAGAGGUGGGGUUCCUCAGCCCAUGACCAACGGGUCAGCGCAAACACAGCUGAACGGCGGAUCUGUGUCUUCGUCCCACAGCGAUUGCCAAAGUCCUGAGAAAGAAUCGGAGGUGGAAGAACCCGGCAAAAAGGAUCCCUUCGAAGAGAGCGGCUUGGACUUGAGUCCAACGGCAGCGGAAGCCAAAGAGAAAGUGCGGGCCAAGCGGGUGAACAAGCGGGCCCCACAGAUGGACUGGAACAAGAAGCGGGAGAUUUUCAGCAACUUCUGAGCCCCCUGUCCAGCCAGGCCUCCCUUCCUUCCCCCCC